CUGUGACAUGACAGUUCGCGCCUUUAACCUAACGGAUUGUCCUGAGAUUUGUGUUUGUGAUUUUUUUCGGCAGUUUUUGUGAGAAAUUGUAGCUGAACAUCUUUCAAGGUAUUAUAUUUACCAUAGUAUUUAGAAGCGAUUUUUUCAAUACAAUAAUGUUUUUAGAUGACCGAAAACGGUUCGUCGUCUGCAAACGUCGAAGAGAACGGUGAAAUGUCUACCUACAAAAAGGAUGCCCUCUCUGUUGUUACAUUUAAAAUUGUAUAUAAUGAAGAAGAUUACAAAAGCAAAACAUUUUUAGAAUUUAAACCAAAGAUGGCUCAUCAAGUUUUUGGUGAAAGUGAAAGCAUAUUUGGGUACCGCUCUCUGUCAAUCACACUACAUUACCUACACAAUUCUUCAAAUUGCUAUGCAGAUAUUCAUUAUGGAAAGAAAAUAAAAAGUGUUUUGUAUAAACCAGAUGAUGUAUUAGCUAGUUUAAACCCAUGGUUACCAGAAAACUUUACAACAGACAGUGAUAAGUUCAAAAAGAUGUUGGAAAAUGAAGAUCAUGAUGUUAUGUUUGGUAAUGUUUUGAUGAAAUUCAAAGACACUAAACCAUGUGCACUGUUUCCUAAUGAUGAUAUUUAUGCUACUUAUAAAAUCACAGAAUGUGAUCUGAAAGAUGAGAAAUUUAAAGAAUACCACCAGAAAUUUGAAACAUUUAUAGUUUGGUUCAUAGAUGCAGCAAACUAUAUAGAUUUAGAAGAUGAAAAGUGGAUGAUAUUUUAUAUAUACGAAGAAUUAGAACACCCAGUCACAAAAAAAGUUCAUGUUUCCCCAAUCGGUUUUUGCUCAAUCUACAAUUUCUUCUGUUAUCCCAACAAAGUUCGUCCAAGGAUCAGCCAGUUCUUUGUCUUGCCUUCACAUCAAAGAAGAGGAAUAGGGGGUCAUUUAUAUCACGCCAUUGCUCAGAAACUCAGAGCAUUGCCAGAUGUAGCUGAUAUUACUGUGGAAGAACCAACAGCAGUUUUCCAGAAAAUCCGAAAUAUAGAUGACAGUUUAUUAGUAUUGGAAAAAUUGAAAGAGAAAAACAGAAAAAUCGUGACAAUGUCACGAGAAAGUGCCGUAAAAUUCAUACGUGAAUUGAAAGUAUGCCAAAGACAGGCGCGUAGACUGGUGGAUAUUUUGAAUUGCUACAGUGUGCUGAAAACUAAAGAUCAGUACCAAAAGUACCUGGACGGUAUUAAAAAUCGGAUUAAAACUCACAUUCAGAAAGACGUUAGCGAGAGCAAGAAACGAAAGUUUGAAGCCGAGAUAAACGUUGAUCCAAUGGAUAAACAGGCUGCAAUUGAGGCAGAAUAUAAGGAUUAUGUUCGCGAAAUUGAAUCGUCAAUUAUGCGACUUGAUCGGAUACUUCAAAAUAAAAUUUAAGCCAUUUUCUUGUAUGUGAAUCUGAAAUUGUCUUCUUUUAAUUCCGCGUUUAAGUUUGAUAUUAAAAUUUUGUUAAAUUAUUAUUUUUUCCUAAAUAAAUCCUGUAUUAUUAAACUUUCUGAAAUAAAUUGGUAACAAAGAUAAUCAGCAACAAUUUUCAUCUUGGCAAUUUACAGGGUGUUCGAAAAAUAGACGGAGAUAUUUCAGAGGGUGAUUCCUUGUUAAAAAAUAAGAAAAAACUUUCUAUAAACAUGGGUCCGGAAAUGCAG